GACAGCUCGAUGCUAGCGAGUUAGCGCUAGCUAGCCGGCCUGCCCUCCUCCCGCGCCGCGGACACCCCCUCGACAGCCGGGCCCUCCCAGGCAUCAUGGCUUUAAAGAGAAUAUCCAAGGAGCUGACGGACCUGUCCAGAGACCCUCCGGCUCAGUGUUCUGCCGGUCCAGUCGGGGAAGACAUGUUUCACUGGCAGGCAACAAUAAUGGGUCCACCUGACAGUCCCUACCAGGGCGGCGUGUUUUUUCUGACCAUUCAUUUCCCGACAGACUAUCCCUUCAAACCGCCGAAGGUUGCCUUCACAACAAGAAUUUAUCACCCAAACAUCAACAGCAACGGCAGCAUCUGCUUGGACAUCUUGAGGUCUCAGUGGUCUCCUGCACUAACCAUCUCUAAAGUUCUUUUGUCCAUCUGUUCUCUGUUAUGUGACCCCAAUCCCGACGACCCGCUAGUGCCCGAAAUCGCCCGCAUCUACAAAACAGACCCAGUCAGCCACAGCGCUCACACCGCUGUGUGCGUCGUCUCUGCUGCAGGUACAACAAGACAGCCCAGGACUGGACCCAGAAGUACGCCAUGUGACCCGCUAGACUCACCUGACUUCUCCCGUGGCCACGCCCCCUUUCAGCUUUUUGUUCCUCCUGGUUUCCGUUCGUCCCGACGCCGAAUCCUCCGCUCGUCCGCUGGAACGGUGAAGGUGCCAGCUGCCGAGCGGGCGGACUCACCUGGAAGACGUCAUUCGUGCAUGUGGUGGCGGUCCCGGUGCUGAAGGCCCGUUUGAGAGGGGAAGGCCAAAGCUUCUGUCCGUUUGUGUUCCCGGAGUUCUUAGACGAGAGCCGCUAGUCCGUCAGAGGCACCGGCUGAUCAACCGCUCGCUGUGGGAGGGGUCAAUAAAGCUGAACAGACCGCAGC